AUGCCUCCUGCAGACACCGAACUAGAUGCAUACGAAAUCCUAGGUCUUACUAUAGAGGCUACAGAAAAGGACAUCAAGUCGACGUACAGGAAAUUAUCUCUCAAAGUCCAUCCUGAUCGCCACCCCAACAAUCCUGAAGCUGCAGCGAAGUUUCACGAACUAAAUCAAGCAUAUGAACUUCUUCUUGACCCUACCAAACGAAGUGCUCUUGAUGCAAGUAGGAAGAUUAAACUAGCUCGAGCCGAACGGUUUGCUGCGUACGACUCCAAGCGCAAAGGCUUACAGGACGAACUCGAGGAACGAGAGCGUGCGUUUAAAAAAGCGCGGGUAGUGAAAGCACAGGCGGAACAAGCUCUUCAGGAAGAACUACAGCGACUUGGUGAAGAGGGAAGGCGUCGGCGAAAAGAAAAAGAGGAAUUGCUCGGCAAAAAUGAACCAGAACAACUAGCCAAGAGAUCUCGUCCGCCUGGUCCGGUAGUCUCGGGGCAGCCUCCGAUAGGACCGCACGAUACGACUGUACGACUAAAGUACAAGCUCGCCACUCAUCCAACUUUAACAACGGCAACAGCCCUAGCUGCACAGUUGGCUGUCUUUGGCCCCGUCGACACCGGCGCAAUUGUUAUCUCGCUCAAGACGAACAAGAAACAGCCCGAUAAACCACCGAAAUUUGCCACUGCGCUAGUCCCAUUUGAGACAGCAGGUGAUGCAUAUUCUUGUCUUUGUUCUUCAGGGAAAGUAGAUCGCGGUCUGGACGGCAUAGAGGUUAGCUGGGUCACAGAGGAUGAGCCGGAGAUCAUCAAGUGGCUCCGGGUUCAAGGGAACACCAUCAGUAACGCUCCUCAGUCUCAAGACGGAGAUGCAUACUCUUCUUUCCCAACAGAUCCAACGCCGGAUGCUGGCGCGCCAUUGUCACAACCCGGUUUAGAUUAUGAAUCUGUUACGCUCAUGAGAAUGCGUCAGUUGGAACGAGAACGACUUGAGCGCGAAAUACUCGAACAAGAGGCUACUGAGGAAUAA